GGAAGGGAAGGGCCACUUCUGCUGAAACAGAAGAGGAGUCGGUUACCCUCCUGUAGAAGAGCCCAACAGAAGAUGAAGAUGAUCCUGUUUACAGUCGCUCUCUGGGGCCUCCUCUGGGCAGUGAAUGGGGCCCACACCCUCCCCUGGAGUGAGUGCUCUAUUCCCACAGAAAAGCAAGCCUUGGUGGAUGACCUGCAAGAUGUCAUGGAGAGUUCUGUGACUCCAUCUUCCUUUCCCAAUCCCAGCAUCCUGAUUGCCAUGAACCUGGUGGGGACCCAGAAUGCAGAAGCCCAGAAGCUCCUUACCAAAACCAUCAUGUCGAUUGACUCAACAGAUCUGACCGUUGGCCAGCUAGCCCUCAACAUCAUGGCUCUCACUUCAUCCUGCCAAGAUCCUGGAAAUAGACUCUCUCUUCUGAAAAGGAAAAUGGAGAAUUGGGUAUCUUCAAGCCCACAAGACCCAUAUUCAGUCUUCUAUGGACCCAGCCUGGGACUCUUGGCACUGUGCCAGAAGAACCAAGAGGGCACCUUGGAUCUGGCUGUCGGGUUUGCCAAGAUGUUGCUAGCCAACGUCUCGCCCUUCAACGUGGAUACUGGAGCUUUGGCCACCUUGGCCCUGACUUGUGUUAGCAACAUGAUCCCUGAAGAUCUGGAUGAUGAAUACAGUGAGUUCUUUGGUCACGUAUUAACAAAUAUUGUGGAGAACCUCAGCAGGAGAAUUGAAGACAAUGGCCUUAUUGGGGGACUGUACAGCACGGGCUUAGCCAUGCAGGCUCUCUCUGUGCAACCUGUAGAGAAGUGGAACUGCGGGAAGACCAUAGAAAGAGUACUCAAGGAGAUUGAGCAGAAUCAAUUUGCUAACCCCAUGUCUAUCGCUCAGAUCCUUCCUUCCCUGAAGGGCAAAACUUACUUAGAUGUGCCCCGUAUCACUUGUUCUAUUGAUCAAGAGGUGAGGCAAACUCUACAGAGACAGCCUGGCUCCCUCUGGACCUCAGAUUCUGAUAUCACAGUGACUUACACAAUCAAUAACCAGCUGAGGGGAGUGGAACUGAUCUUCAACGAAACGGAGGUGGUCAGUGUGAGAAAAGGAUCAUUCCUCCUUGCCGUUCUAGAAGAAGCCCAGCGCAAAAACCCCAAAUUCAAAUUUGAAUCCAGAAUGACAUCUUGGGGCCUUUAUAUCACCUCCAUCAACAACAUCCAUGAAGUGGAAAACCACAGGACCUACUGGCAAUUCCUUAGUGGCAAAACUCCUUUGGAUCAAGGGGUUGGCUCCUACAUCCCCUAUAACAAUGAACACAUCACAGCCAAUUUCACACAGUACUAAGAUGACCUCCGUGCUCAACUUUUUAUCAACUUUACCCCAGGGAAGGAGAGAGGCUCAUACCCGCACCUGCCCUACAAAGUUCAGUGACAAUUACACAGAAAUAAAAGACGCAUUGAAGAAA